UUUUUGGUCGGUCAGGACGGCCAGAUUUACAUGCGACGUUCCCGACUUGAUCGAGAGACCUUUCCUCGUUACGAGCUGAUCGUGCGAGCCGUGGAUCAGGGCGGCAAACAGCUGUCGGCUACCACACGUGUCGUGAUCCACAUCCUGGACGUCAACGACUGUGCGCCACGGUUCAUCUUUCCAACUCGACAAAACAACACCGUGCAUGUGAGGCGGGGGAGCCCGUAA